GAAAAAUAUGAGCUCGCUUGAUUUAUACGAAUUGAUACAAGAAGUCGGUUCUGGAGCAUAUUCCACAGUCUAUAAGGCUAAGAAAAUAACUGAUGGAAGGAUUUAUGGGAUAAAGAAGAUCAAUAUAUCUCCAUUGAACUAUAAAGAAAGAAUGAAUGCUCUGAAUGAAAUCACCUUGUUAUCAGGCAUUGAGCAUCCUAAUGUAGUUCAGUACAAGGACUCUUUUCUAUCUGACGAGAGCAAAUACUUGUGCCUUGUGAUGGACUUCGCUCCUGAAGGAGAUGUCUUCGCAAAGAUCAAGAAAGCAAAAAUGGAUGUCGAGUUGAUAGAUGAAGGGGAAAUCUGGAAUAUUAUUAUACAGGUCUUGAGAGGAUUGAAGUCAUUGCACGCUCAGCAUAUUGUUCACAGAGAUAUUAAAAGCGCUAAUAUCUUCUUAUACCAAGAUGGCUUAGUGAAAAUAUAGGAGAUUUGAAUGUAAGCAAGAUACUUAAAGAUGGGAUGAAUUAUACUCAAACUGGUACUCCUUACUAUGCCAGUCCUGAAGUUUGGGAAAAUAAAAAGUAUGAUGGAAGAAGUGAUAUUUGGUCCUUAGGAUGAGUCCUAUUUGAGUGUCUAAUGCAUGACCCUCCUUUCAAAGAGGCUUGAUCAAAAUUUGAUAUAAAUCUGCUCAAAACGACACCAGUCCCGAAAAUUGAUCCUCAGUAUGGAUACUCAGAUGAUAUUGAGCAGUUGGUCAAUAUGAUGUUGAUAGUUGAUACAGAUUUACGACCAACUGCAGAGAAAAUUCUUUCCUAUCCUAUUGUACAAGAAAUGGAAGAGAGAUAUUGAACUCAAAAUUUCACAGAAACCGAAGUUAAAAUUGAUAACAAGAAGAUUAAUAAAUAAAUUAUUCAUGCCUGAGAACCCUGUCUGGUUGAACUUCAGACUUCCAAGGACUGAGUUUGGCAAACCUACAGAGUUAAGAGAUACAGAACUAUAUCCAAAAUAUGAAGAGAAGAAAGCCUAUCAGUUAUAUCCGAACAAAUACAGAAAGAUCAGAAAGCCAACUAGAAUGAAAGAGAAAGAAAAUCCUCGAGACUUUUACUCAAAUUAUCAGAAAAUAAGGGAGCAGGAUGAAUUAGAAAAGCUGAUGAGGGAGAGAGCGCAUUCUGAAAAGAUAGAGAAAGGUAUUGGAAAGUUCAACAGUACUUCAAAUCCUUAUUACAAUGCCUUGGAGAAUACAAAGUUAGGUCCAGGUAUCUACAAAGGCUUGAAACUGCCUUUGUCAACUGCAGUAAAGACCAAAGAAGAAGAGUUUGGGAUGAAAUUCACCCCUGCUAGCAGAAAUGCUGUUGAUAAUGAGAAGAAAAGAAGAAUAGCAGCAAUAGAGACUAUUUCUUUACGAAGACUUGUGAAUAACAAUUCUCAAGAGCAAAUCAGAAGAGAUGAUAAGAUGUACGAAAGUAAAUAUGGGGUCAGCAGGUAUAGCAGUUUUGGAGGUAUGAUUGAUCUUGACAAGAUCAGAAGGAAGGCAAUGCUUGAUAAAUAUUAAUUCAAAAACCUUAAUUACCCAUACCUCAAGUUUCAAAUUUCUCAUA